AUGUUCAAUAUCAAGGACGUCCUGGCCUGCGUGGCUGCUAUUGUCAUGAUUGCAGCGCUUGCUGUUGACCCGUUCAUGCAGCAAAUCAUCGACUAUCACCUACGGUCCGUUCCCAUUGCAGAGAUUACUGGCGCAACAACUCCAUCCACACAGAUGUAUGACUCUGGCACUCUGAUGGAUGCCACACGGGCCAAAUCAAUAUUUGCUGGCGUAGACAUGCAGUCAGCAAUCGUGAAUGGGAUAUUGGGCAUCUCUCUGACUCCAACCUUCCACUGCUCCACGGGUAACUGCACAUGGCCGGAUAUUACAAAACUGGGGGUUUGCGCCAGCUGCACAAAUGUGACAACUGAGACCGGCAAGUCCUGCGGCAGCCGAGAUCCGUCUUCAUCCACACAGACGUGCCAGUACACAACGCCCGCCAACAUCAACAUCACCGCCACGAACGGCCUGGGCGCCAACGGCACCUAUACCUACCUCAACACAAGCGUCGACACCGUCUUCACGGAGGACAAUCAGCCGCUGCUGCGCUUCGGCAUACUCAGAUCCCCACCCACCGAAAACGCCGACACAGACGGCGUAUUUCCGCCCGACAUCUCCGAAUGCACCUUCGAAUGGUGCGCGCAGAAGACGACCGGCUUCCGCGUCAACAGCGGCGUCUUGCAGCCAGGCAACACCACAAGCACGCCCAUCAAGAUCGCCUUCACCAACGGCCAAUGGACGCCGCACACCCUGAACGGCCGCACCUACGUCGAGCUGGACAUCGCCCCGGACGCGCCCUGGGACGGCGGCAGCAGCAGCAGCAGCCGGGCCUUCUACGUGCACAGCGCCGACUACAGCAGCACGCGGCAGCUGCUCGUCAACCUGCUCGUCACGCAGCUGGCCUCGUUCAACGCCGACGCGAGCGGCUUCCAGGUGGCGCCGGUGCUGCUCUUCGCAGGCGGGGACCUGUCGCGGACGAUGGGCGCCGUCGCGGCCAGCAUGACGGACCUGGUGCAGCGCUGCGACAACGGCUCCGCCGUCCGCGGCCAGGCCUUCCGCGACGAGGCGUUCGUGCGCGUGCGCUGGCCGUGGCUGGUCCUGCCCGCCGUGCUGGUGCUCGUCGCCGCCGCCCUGCUGCAGGCGGCCGUCGUCGUGAAUCGUCGUCGGGGAAGCGCGCUGUGGAAGUCGUCGGUGCUGCCGUUGUUGUUUCACGGGUUCGAGCGGCCGCUGGAUGCGCCGCUGGGCGAGAGGCUUUCGAGGGUGGAGGCGAGGGCGUGGGGGAUGGAGACGAGUUUGCGGGAAUCGAGUGAAGGGGCGUCAAGGUUUGUCAUUCACUAA